AUGGCAAUAGUGACAUCGGCACGUGCAUCGGUUCUUGUUAAUGGCUCCCCGACUCAAGAGUUUUCAUGUUCGAGGGGUUUGCGACAAGGUGAUCCGUUAUGUUCUUUCCUAUUCGUGCUUGCCAUGGAAGCGUUAACUGGUGUAAUGAAGAAAGCUCGCACUGAAAGAAAUUUUCAAGGUUCGUCUAUUUCUUCUAAUGGACCUCCUUUAUCACACUUCCUCUAUGCUGAUGACGUGAUUUUUGCGGGCGAGUGGUGGUAUCAAAAUGUGGUGAACCUAAAACGCCUUCUUAGAUGCUUCUAUCUCACUACGGGGCUUCCGGUAAAUCUAAAAGAAAGUAGCCUUUAUGGGGUUGGUGUGGAGGAUACACAUGUACAAAUUAUGGCGAAUGUGAUAGGAUGCAUGAGAGGGGAAUUUCCGGUUAAAUAUUUGGGAUUACAAGUAGGGGCAAACAUGAACCUAAUUAAAAAAUGGGAUUCGGUUGUGGAGGUCUUCAAAAAAGGGCUAUUAUUUUGGAGGGCAAAUACGUUAUCCUUUGGUGGCCACUUUGGUCUGGUCCGUUUUAAACGCGCUCCCGACAUAUUAUUUCUCAUUAUACAAAGCUCCAGUUUGGGUUAUUAA